UAUUUCAAGACAAUCAACACCAGGAUCACCAUAACCUACCUGGAGACGUGGUCGGGGCGCAACCUGGUCGACCUCGGCCGGAACCAGCCGAUCUCGACGUCGCUCAUCAAUUUCUACGGCUACGUGGGCGAAAGCCUCAUGGACUUCCACAAGGAUACCUCGCACUUGAUCACCGGAGAGCCGUUCCAGGGCGGGGAGUCGGGCAUGGGCGUUCCGAACAGCAUCUGCACUUCGAAAGCCGCCGGGAUCUCCGUGGACCUGAACGUGUACGAACCCCAUCUCGUGGCUUCGACUAUGACUCACAUGAUCGGACACAAUCUCUACAUGAAGCACGAUGACGGCACAGGAACUAACUGCUACUGCCAAGACUGGCACGGUUGCAUCAUGUCCAAGGCAGUGGUAGGACAAGACAACGUACAGCCGUCUAAGUUCUCAAAGUGCUCAGUCGAUGACUACCACCAUUCGCUCCAGUCCGUGGAAGAGACGAACUGCCUUCUCCACACGCCAAGCAAGUUCAAAGUCAAUCGACCACCCUUGAUUCCUGGGAAUGUUCCCGGCCAGAUUCCUUUCCCGAUUGAACAGACCCGCGGCCAGGGCCACACCAUUUCCGUCUGUGGCAACGGCAGGGUCGACGAAGGGGAGCAGUGCGACUGUGGCCCAAGGGACGAGUGCGACAGAAAUGACCCUUGCUGUGACCCCGUGACCUGCAGACUCAAGCUGGAGGCUGAGUGUGCAACAGGUCCCUGCUGUGACAAUUGCCGGCUGCGUCCCAAGGGCUACCUGUGUCGCAAGGCCCAGACCGAGUGCGACAUCCCCGAAUUCUGCAACGGCCUCCACGGAACAUGCCCGAUGGAUAUCUACAAGAAGACAGGGAACAAAUGCGGGAACGGCAAGGGCUACUGCUUCAAGGGAAUCUGCCCGACGCUCGACAACCAGUGCGAACUCAUCUGGGGCUAUGGUGGGCAAGCAUCCGAUGAGACCUGCUACAGACAGUUCAAUGUGGAUGGCGUGAUUUAUGGCAACUGCGGUCGCCACAGGAAUGGCAGCUAUAUUAAAUGCGAACUUGGGAACAUCAUGUGCGGGACCUUGCAGUGUCAGCUCGGAAUGCAGCAUCCUGUGACCCCAAAUAUGGACCAGAGUUACUCGCGUACGAUCGUCGCCAUGGGAGGGCAGGAGUACGAGUGCAAAACGGUGCGCUACGAAGUCCUUGACGACCGGCGGCGCGACGCGGACUGGACCCUCGUGCAGGACGGGACGGCGUGCGGAGAGAAGCUGAUUUGCAUGAACCAGACGUGCGAGUCCAUUUACCCGUACAUCGAGCCGGGCCAGUGCAAGACCAACAACAAUGCCCUCGAGUGCUCUGGGCAUGGAGUGUGCUCCAAUAUGAAUUCCUGUUACUGCAACCGGGGCUGGACAGGGACAGACUGCUCCAUUUUCGACAACAGCUCUGUCUACACCACCCCCUACCCACCCGAACCCGGCAGUCCUUACCCAAACCCCAUGGGCAAGACCACCGCGGCAGCCCCGACAAACACCUGGAACAUUGUGCAAGGAAGAAACAUUCAAUAUGGUGAGCUUGAACGUUCGGCAGUUGCUGAACAACAACACUUUUAUAUUGUACAGAUCGACCAAAAACGAUCAUUCCCAAGGCCUUGGGAGAGUGGCUAUGGUCCUCUUGCUAGUAGGCGGAGUUGGAGGCGUGUUCUUAUUUUUUACUCUAAUAGCAGUUUGCUACAG